GAGUGUGUGUGUAUGUGUGUGUGUGUGCAGGAAGACGAAGCGGCAGGCAGGAGGAGGCACCAAGGACGUCCUUUUUCCAAGCCCCGGGAGCCGGAGAUGCGAGGGACGAGCAGUUAGAUUAGCCCGUGCUGCUGUUGCCUGCUGCAGGAUAACUUUGGUUCCGGAGGGUGCUGCAGCCGAAGCUCUGCUCUCUGAUCUUUGGUUGUGUGAGGAGGAUUUGAAGCAGUCGCCGGACGGAGAUCUGGCUACGAAGGACUUCUACUUUUCUGCCACAAUUGAAUGUAACAUCGCUCGGACAAGGAAGGCAGGGAAUUAAAAGCCAUCAUCAUGAAUUUCGUUAUGAAACAAGCGUUGGGAGGGGCCACCAAAGACAUGGGCAAGAUGCUUGGUGGGGAGGAGGAGAAGGACCCCGAUGCCGCGAAAAAGGAGGAAGAAAGACAAGAAGCACUGAGGCAACAGGAGGAGGAGAGGAAGGCCAAAUAUGCAAAAAUGGAGGCAGAGAGAGAAAACAUCCGACAGGGCAUCAGAGAUAAGUACGGCAUCAAGAAGAAGGAGGAGAAGGAAGCCGAGGCAGCAGCUGCUAUGGAGCAGGCCUCCGAGGGCAGCCUCACCCGUCCGAAGAAGGCGGUCCCCACCGGCUGUGGCGACGAGGAGGAAGAGGAGAGCAUCGUGGAUACGGUCAUGAAAUUCAUCCCGACCCCGCUCAUGGAUAUGUUCAAUAAAAAGUAACAGUGUUUUGGGGUGAAAAUUGAUUAACUUCAUCUAACCAAGACUACUGCCGUUCCACCCCGCCCCGCCCAAACCUGCAGUCACACUUUUCUCCACAUUCCCACCCCUUCAACCCAGCUUUUAAGUGUCCUGGAAUUGAGCGAUGUGCCACAACUUUGCCCUUGAUUUAAAAUAAUUGAUCUCUGAUGGUGAUGCAUACAUUUUAAUCUUGCGUACAUCCAUAUUUUACGAGUAUGCAACACCUACACAGAUCUUUACUCCAAGGCAAGUUUUGUGACAUGCUUUCGAAAUGUCCGGCACUUACAAUAAGAUCAGAUAUCACCCACCAUCCACCCUUUUUUGUUUGUAAAUAGCCUCGGGUUAUAAAAAAAGAGAACUAUAUAUGAGUGAAAUAUGACAUAUAACAAGAUGACUAAGAGUAUAAGCCAUAUUUUUAACUUUUAAGAAAUUAUCCAAAUCAUAUCAAAAUUUGAUUGAAUUUUCCUGUUUUGUUCUUGCUAAUAUUUGAUACAUACAGUGUAUAUAAAUACUUGCAUUUUUAUUAGUUCUCCGUUGUGAGGAUUCACCCCCGUUCACUCUGUCGUUCAUGUUCUCAUCGGUUUAUUGUGAAUGUGUAAUGUGAGCACUGGUACAGUCGAAACAACACCUGUAAAACCAGAAAGUGAAGGAAUUCUUUGGAGAUUUUUUUUGUUUUGUUUAGUUUAUUUUUUUAAAAGCAUGCAGUAAACUUUUGUGAAGUGACGUACGCACAUUUCAUUUGUUAUGAUGAAGCGAAAUACAUUGAUAUUUGAGGCAAUAACUUGUUUUCCAUUUUUUUAUUUGACCGACAUCUCGUCCACCAUGUGCAUUAGGCGAUAAUUGACUUUGUGUCUGAAAUGUUCUUCCAUGGGGAAAACUAUAAAUACAUGAAGUUUGUCUCAAAGCAGUUAGAGGAAAUUCUUACUAUAAAUUCACUUGCUCUACAUGUUUGUGGUUUGAACACUCAGUUUUUAUGUCCUGUGGCAGGUGUCGCUCGCUCUGCUUCUGCUGUAGGACGUGUAAAUCUUAGACCAGGCUAGUUAUAUUUUGUUGACAUUUCCACCAUUUUUUUUAGUUUAGAAAAAAAAAUCACGAACACAACUAUGUUGUGAACACACUCUACGUGAACAGACAGUGACAAUAGUGCAAUAUAUUGUUCGAAAAUGAAGUUGUCCUGUGUCCGUUGGUUAAACUGAUGGGAGUGAAGUCCCAAAUCAGCAAUAACAGACAAUCUUCAUUGUUGUGUGUUUAAACUUAAUAUGUUAGUCGACAUUAAAGGCACAGAUGUGUCUGCAUAGUGACAGUGAAGCCUUUGUAGGUCAGAACAUAUUUCAUUAAAAAAGAGAAAAGGGGGGACGGUGGGAUGAUCUGUUUCGUGUCGUAAAAACUGUUCAGUCACAUGUUACAGAAUGAUGAGCACAAGCACAAUUUGUGUCCAAAAUUACAAAACUAAAAGACAAAUCUGCAGGUUUCCAAAGGCAGAAAUUAGCUAAACAUGAAGAAAAAGGGACUUUUUUAGGCCCUUUUUAUACGUAUAUGGAUAUUUUUGAAAACAGAUUUUUUUUUCCCCCUAUUCCUGUGCACAUGACCCAUGUUUCACCAGGAACGGGAGGUGUGUUUUCAAGCGCUCUUAGCUUUUCUUAGUCAAAUAAACUCACAAAAUGUCAAGACUGGAAAAAUUACCCAUUUCUGUAUUAAACAGAAAAAUGUAACCGUACACCUUCUAAAAUCAAACCAUUCUGUUUGAAUGGGCGAUUGGCCAAAACGUACAGCGAUGCCAACUCUUUUACAAUAAAGGUAGCUCGCACUAGCUCUAAAAGUCACCUGAAAACGUCAUGCACCAAUUUACAUAUCGUUGACAUCACUGUGCUUUCAUUUGGGACAAUGAAAGCAUUUUAUAACUUUGCUGAAUUGGAUUUAAUGGAACAAUCCACAAAAAAAACUUUUUCUCACGCUUCAAAUCCAGAGUUCAAGAGCAUCAAUAUAUCCGUCAAUAUAACUAACUUGAUUUCUCUUCGGGAUUCCCUGAUAAGUCUGAAUAAGUUGCUAAAAAACUCGCUUUUUGGAAGUAAAGUUGAAAAAUAUUUGUUUUCAAAAGUAUAUGUGUGGAGAUGGUCUAAAAAGCCCCGAAUGAAAGCUCCAUGACUGUAGAAAAGAAAAUGUUUACCUGCUCUGUCGAGUCAGUCCGUCCUGCUGGUAAAUGUAAUGGCACAGAUUCAGAGAGGUUCAUAUGACGAUAUAAUGACAUUUUUCUCCAUAUGCCUUGUUUUUUUAUUUCUCCGUUAUUCCACGGUGUCUUGUUAAAACAUUCCAGAUAUUUCAGACAUUCCACCAGACUUGAGCUGGUAACUCACAAACUUAGAUCUUUACAGCGGGCCUCGGCCGAUGCCUUCGUUAGCCUACAAGUACAUCACAGUGAAACUUAAAUUUGAUGUUGUUAUAAUCUAAAAAUAGUCUCUAGAAUGAAUCAAAUAUAAAGAUUCAAGACUUGACCAAGUAAAAGUUACUUUAGCUGCCAUGUAUA